AUGGAGAAGCCAAACACCAAGACUGCUGGCCAGUUCCACGAUACUGGAUCCGACAGUGAUGGCGUCAAGCACGAGCCCAGCUCCCACAAUGGCCACGACUUCCAAACAGUCGACGAGUCGGUCGACAACACCAACAUCUACUCGCAAGGUGGCAAGAACUUCCGCACACUGAAGCGAUGGGAUACAAUCUUCAUCCUUUUCGCCAACCAAAUCGGUCUCGGUAUUCUAUCGCUGCCCUCUACGCUCAAGACUCUGGGUCUCGUUCCCGGAAUCAUUGCCCUCAUCGGCAUUGGAGUCAUCUCGUGGUAUACAGCCUAUGAGCUGUUGCAAUACUAUAGACUCCACCCUCAGGUGCUAAACAUCGUUGAUAUGACCCGCUUCGUCGGUGGAAGAACAUUGGAAAGCAUCGCUGGUGUGAUGAUGAUGAUCCAAGUCAUUUUCGUCGCCGCCUCAGCUAUGGUCACUCUAUCAAUCGCCCUCAACACCAUCAGCAGCCACGCAGCCUGCACCGUCGUCUUCAUCUUCAUCUCAUGCGCUGCUUGCUACCUCUUCUGUCUUCCUCGCACCACCAAGUUUGUGUCUCACCUGGGAAUCCCCAAUGCCCUCAGCGUUUUGGCUGCCUGUAUCUUGGUCAUGAUUGUUCUUGGUAUCCAGGGCCCUCGAGGAGUCGACUCAGUGGAGGACUGGCACAGAGAGAUUGUCAUUGUUGGAAAUCCUACUUUCCGAGAUGGUCUCAACGCUUGCCUCAAGAUUGUUUUUGCUUAUGCCGCCAACCUUAGCUUUGUGGGAUACCUCGCUGAGAUGACCUCCCCUCUUGAGGACUUCAAGUUCUGUCUUACUGUCCUCGAAUGUGGUUCCAUGACCAUGUAUGUCGUCUUUGCCGUCAUCUUCUACUGCCUUGGAGCCGAGUACACCACCUCUCCCAUUCUGGGAUCAACCUCUACCACUUUCUCCAAGGCUGCUUACGGCGUGGCCCUCCCUGCUAUCUUCGCUACUGGGUUGGCUUACGGUCACAUCGGCUCCAAGUACAUUUUCGUUAACGUCAUGCGCUGGACCGGCUCGUUGAAUGAAGUCACGUCCAACUCUGUCAAGUCUUGGUCAACUUGGGUCGCUUCCGUGACUGGCUUUUGGAUCGUCGUCUUCAUCCUUUCCAACGCCAUCCCUGUUUUCGAUUCUAUUCUUUCUAUCACAUCUGCCACUACUAUCUCGUGGUUUACCUAUGGAUUCAGUGCCGUCUUCUGGUUCCAUAUGAACCAGGGCAUGUACUUCUGUGACUGGAAGAAGACGUGUCUCACGAUUGUUAACGCGCUUCUUAUUGUUAUGUCACUCUUUAUGAACGCAGCCGGACUGUGGGCAUCUAUCACUGAGCUUCUUGACAUCUUCAACUCUGAUGGAGGCGUUCGUGGUGUCUUUUCAUGUGGAGAUAAUGCUGCUUAA